AGCAAUGUUAUUUGCAUUGGAAUUUACGUGGCAGCAACAAAUUAAUAGAAAGAUAUAUGUGGAGUUUGGUUUUUUGUUAAUUUCAUUCUAGCUACUUACUUACGCAACGCCUCCAAUUCCAUUCAACAAGUGUGGGCGAGUUAGGUCGGUUAGCUACACAAAAGUCUAAUCACCCAUGAAUGAAGUCACACUCUUAUUUUGUCAGGUUUAAAAUGACCAAAAUCGGCUGCAUCAUGAUGCUUUGCAAGCUCCACUGUAAAUCUUGAUGUUAUCUCCUUAUUCAUAGUUUUUAAUGGAGAGAGUUCAAGAGCUGCAGCUACAAACCCCAGAUGACAGGAAAGUGCCCAACUCAGAGAAAAACACUAUAGUCACUCAGCAACUUCAACAUCCAAGAUUCUGGUGGUGGUUUCGUGUAUCCCUCUAUAUAAUCUUUCUUCUUGUAGGCCAAUCUGCAGCCACUCUUUUGGGAAGGUUAUACUAUGACAAGGGUGGUAAUAGCAAAUGGAUGGCAACAUUUGUUCAAUCAGCUGGAUUUCCUGUACUACUUCCACUCCUUUUUACUUUCCAAAAACAUGCCAAAUUAACUAACAUACUCACCAAUGACCCAUCCAAAAGGACCAAAACCAAACCAAAAGUUUUCAUUCUAGUUUCUCUAUAUAUAGCUUUUGGGUUGCUUUUGGCCGGGGACAACUUGAUGUAUUCCUAUGGACUUCUAUAUCUCCCUCUUUCCACAUAUUCUCUACUAUGUGCUACCCAAUUAGCCUUCAAUGCAAUAUUCUCUUAUUUUCUAAAUUCACAGAAGUUCACAGCGUUCAUAUUCAAUUCAGUAGUCCUCCUUACCAUAUCAGCUUCCCUGCUUGCAAUCAAUUCCAAUUCUGAUGACGACUCAACUGAUCUUCCAAGAGAAAAGCAUGUACUUGGGUUCUUCCUCACCCUUGGUGCAUCUGCCACAUUUUCAUUAUACCUAUCUCUCGUGCAGCUUUCUUUUGAGAAAGUUAUAAAAAGUGAAACCUUUUCUGCUGUCUUGAACAUGCAAUUUUACCCUUCUUUCAUUGCUACAUGUGCUUGUGUUGUUGGGUUGUUUGCAAGUGGAGAAUGGAAAAGUUUGGACAAGGAGAUGAAGGGAUAUGAGAAGGGAAGAGUGUCAUAUAUAAUGACUCUGCUUUGGACUGCUGUGACAUGGCAAAUAGCUUCUAUUGGCAUGCUGGGGUUAGUUUUUGAGGUAUCUUCAUUGUUCUCAAAUGUAAUAGGUACUGUGGUAUUGCCUGUAACUCCAAUCCUUGCUGUAAUAUUCUUCCAUGACAAGAUCAAUGGGGUGAAGCUUAUGGCCUUGUUGUUAGCCGUGUGGGGCUUUCUUUCCUAUAUUUAUCAACAUUAUAUAGAUGACAAGCAAGCUAAGUUAGAUAAGAGUCAUAGACUUGAGGUUUCAAAGGGUGAGGUAGAAAUAUGUUGAAGGAAUGAACCAAAUUUUAAUGAAUUUAUUGCAAUCUCUUUUGGAA